AUGGGUGGAGAGGAGGGGUGGGCUCCGGGCGUCCCUAACCCCUUCUCUGCCGCAGGCCUGCCCGGGGAGUCGCCGCUGGUGCGAGUGCUGGAGGACGAGUCCCGGAGCCGCCUCGGCCGCUUCAACCAGAAGGACGUCUCCAUGGUCUUCAGCAGCGUGAUGAGGCUCCACCCGUCCAGCCCUCACCCCCUGGUCGAGUCGUGCCUCAGCAGCUUGGAGCGGCACCUGGAGAAGGAGCGGCACCCGCAGACCCUCUUCCUCCUCCUCUCCUACUACCGGCUGCGGGCGCAGGCACUGCAGGGGCUCCCGGCCUCCGACCAGCAGCUCAUCAACAACCGCAAGAUCCUGCGCCUCGUCAGGCACACGCUGGGGCAAGUGAGUGCCAUGCGGGAGCACGAGCUGGCCCUCUUGGAUGAGAUGCUGGCUCUGUGUGCCCAGGAGGCCAACAACAAGGCCCUGGAGGCCAUCUUCAGCUCCCAGCUCUUCUACGAGAACCGCCAGGAGCGAUUCAUCCGCAGCAUGGCAG